AUGAUUUACUUAGUUUUAUAUAGAACACACAAGUCGAUUUCUGCAAAUAUUUAUCGAAAUAACGAAAUUACGCUCAAUUUUUCGGAACCGGAUUGUCCAUCGUUGCAAGAUGCUGAAAAAUUGUCACAAACUCAACUUAUAAAACGUCUUACACAUGUUUGCCGAUAUGAUCGCCUGGAACGACCGAUUUCUUACAGUGCGGAUGGAACACGAAAUCCAAUUGCAGUCUACACCCGCGCCUACAUUUACUUUAUGCAAAAUUUGGAAGCACACGAUUUGCAAUUCAAAAUUCACGCCUUACUGCAAAUGCGUUAUGUUGAUCCGCGGCUUGUAUUUCGUAAAGUUGCUCCAAAACGUGGCGAACCUAUAAUGGGACAGAGUUCAUUGCGUGAUUCAAUUUGGACACCGCAUAUAUUUUUGGCAAAUGAACGUGCAUCUUCCGUUCUCGGUACUGCGGAAAAGGACGUUUUAACUUCAGUUAGCCCCGAUGGAACUGUAAUUGUAUCGACUCGAAUUCAAGCAACACUUCAUUGUUGGAUGAACUUACAAAAGUUCCCAUUUGAUGAGCAAAAAUGUCGAACGGUUUUUGAAAGUUGGAUGUACAAUACAUCUGAAUUGGAAUUGCAUUGGGAAGAAAAUACACCAAUUACGCUGGCACCCGAAUUGCAUCUAACCGAAUAUGUUUUGUUGAACAUGUGGACAAAUGUAUCAACGAUAAAUGCCGAUUUAAGAGAUUUGAGACACGGUGCAUUCACUGGAAACUAUAGUUCCUUGAGCUUUACUGUGCACUUGGCUCGAGAAAUGGGUUUUUAUAUAAUGGAUUAUUUUUUGCCGUCAAUUAUGAUCGUGAGCAUUUCAUGGGUAUCAUUUUGGCUGCAAGCAGAUGCAUCACCGCCGCGAAUUAUGUUGGGCACAAGUACAAUGUUGACAUUCAUUACACUGGCAUCGGCGCAGGGGAAAACAUUGCCAAAAGUGAGCUAUAUCAAAAUGUCUGAAGUAUGGUUUUUGGGAUGUUGUUUUUUCAUAUUUGGAAGUUUAGUCGAGUUCGCAUUCGUAAAUACGAUUUGGAGGCGGAAGAACAACGUUGAAUUGAAAAAGGUGAAUAGUAAAUACAUACUGAAAUCAACACUAACGCCAAGACCGCAACGCAAAGAGAUGGGAAGUAAUUUGCAAAAGUCACGUUCAUGCUCAAGUCUCGAAGGCAAUACACCGACAAAUAAUAACAGCUUUAACAAUUAUUUAACGGUUCAUUCUUUUCCUUCGAACAACAAUAAGAUACCAACGAUAACAACAACACAAAGUAUGGACGAUCUGAUGCAAGAGAAUGGCAAUAAUAUCAAUGUGAAUAUGGAACCAUCGUCAAGUAUCACAACAUUGCAAAUGAGCCACACAAAUUGUGCGUCGCCCGAUUCAAACAUAAGACAAGGUUGGACCACUAUGACACCACAGGAAAUUGCCUAUUGGAUCGAUCGACGGUCACGUGUUUUAUUUCCAUCCGCAUUUUUUGUAUUCAACAUUUUCUAUUGGACAUUUGUUUACUACUUGUAAAAUCUACGGAAAAUCUCACGAAUAGAAAAACAAUAUUCGAUUUUACAUCUUCAAUUCACAAAAAUUAUAGCUUGUACUUUAUUUAGUCUAGAUUAUGUAUUGUAAAAUCCAGUAUUUUUCUAUCGAAUUAACAUCAAUUUCAUUUCAUACUAAAAUCAACUAAAUUAUUUGUCACGCGACAAAUGAGCAUUUCUCACAAUCUAACACAUAUAUUGAAGAAAAAGACGAAUUUAUAUAAACUAAUUUUAUUUAAAUGAAAAUACCAAAUAUGCCAGAGCGCGUUCUUACCUCAAAUAAAUACCAAAAUCUUCUAUCCAUAA